CUCUGUUUUUGCACGGGUUUUGCGCACAAAACAAUGACAGAUUCUUGCUGUUGUUUCUCACGGUUUUACGUUGUCGGGUGUGAGCACUUGCCGCAGCCUUUUGGGGACACUUUUGGGUCCGGGGCGGUGGGGGGGGAACCGCUCGCGGGUGCAAGGCGUGGUUUCGACCCCACGUACAGUGCGCCGGCCAUGUGGAGUUGGAGAACGGCGUCCCGCAACAGGCUUUGUUUGACCCGCUUGUUGAACCGCGGGAUCUACAUUGUGAUCCGUGAGGGCUCUUGCUCAACUCACCGUCUGUCAGGUGCCGGAUCCACUGCGACGUGCAGAUCUUCUCGCGGUGGAUCCACAAUUCGUUCCACAGGACUCCUGUGCAGGCCGGGCGAGUAGAAGACGGUGACUGCGAGCCGGCCAAGUCUGACUGGGAAGACUUGCAGGCCGCCGUCUUGGCCGGUGACACAAAGGCCCUGCAGGUGGCCGACGCAGUGAUGGCGCAGGCCAAGAGCCGCACUGACGCCGAGCGCAUGGAGGCGUUGGGACGCCUCCUGCAGGAGGAGUGCGUGGAGGAUGUGGGUCAGCCAGUCUGACGGAUGGACGCUGCGAAGCCUUGCAAGGCUUGGCCCGACCGACCUUCAGGCCGCGAGUGAAAAGGAGGAGGAGCAUCCAAACCCGUGCGUUGGUGUUGCCAAAGAAGCCAGUCAAUCUUGUGUUUGCUCUGGAAACUUGGCUCGAGGGUACUCAUCAACACUGACACAACAACAGCUCGCAAUGGUUGCCCGAUGGUCUAGUGCCAGUGCUUGAGGAAUUGCAGGCCGCUCAAGCGCUUUUCGAAUAGCCAUGGCGAUGAUGCGGACCAGGUAUGUGCCUCUGCCUUCUCGGGGUCGCAUUGGCGCUGCUCGUGCAGCCGAGCACGGACUUUGCUCGAGGAGUUCCUGGGCUGAAGGAGCAAAACGGCGCCCGUUGCAUGCCGGAGUCGCUCGGCGCGCCGGGGCUGCGCAAGAGGACAACAGUGGCCAGGACCGGCGCGAUCUCGAGGAGGCGAUUGCAGAAGCCGAACGGGUGCUGCAGGACAACGACACGGUGGAAAAGAUAAAAGCUGUCUUGCGAAAAGCGCAGAAGAUAAACCCAGGGAAGUGGACCCUUUCAGGGAAGAAAGACGAGUUGAAGCAAAAACUGCGCGAGUUCGUGGAAGAGGCCAAAGCAACCCUGAAGGGCUUGAAAGAGGACGAUUCUCGCAGGGCGCAGGUGACAAGCUGGCACCCUGGGCGUGGCGGAGUUGCUUCGCGCGCCAGCCCGCAGCAGGACGACAGUGGUGCGGAGGCCGGGGGCUCGCAUGCGCCAGGCUUGCUUGUUGGUGAGUGCUGGCAGGACUGGCUCGCCAAGAGCUGCGAGGAGGUGGAGGGCUUCAAGAAGGCCCAGGUGCCCAGUUGGGCAGAGGCUGUGCUGAUUGACGGCGGGCUGGAAGCAGACGAUGAGUUCAUCCAGCGGACGGUGACCGCACUGCGGCAGCAAGGCGUCACCGGCAAGUCCCUGCUGGAGCUGACACUGGAGAAGCUGAUGGCAGCUCCGUACAACAUCCCUGGCGGACCUGCAGAGCUGCUGACAAAGAAGAUCCAGUUGCUGAAGGAGCCCCAGGUCACUGAGCAGGUCGUCACUGCCAAGGACUUCAAUAUCGCUGCUUGCUUGCGACCUUCAGAUGGUGACCGACCCAAAAGGUUCCUAGAGCUGGACUCUUGCGUUGAUGACUGCAUGCAGGCAGUCCAGGACAAUCUGCCACUGGUCACAAAGAGUACGAAGCCGCGAGUGCCUCCUGCCAUGCUCUCCCGCUUCAUGCGCGGCGGCAAGACAACAAUGCUUUGCAAGGUCUUUGACAGGCUGAAGAAGGAGGAGAAACUCCCCAUUUUCAUCAGCUUCAACGGGGAUUCGCUCGUCUCCAAGCUCGAUGGCGAAAAGGUACUGGACACUAUGCUGAGGGCCAUUGCUGUGAGUCUAAUGAAGAACAAGCCCGCAGACAAGAAAGAUGCAGAGCGGGUGCGCUGCAGCGAGAAAGCCUUGAAGGCAUAUCUGGCGGACAAGCAGGACGUCGUCCUCGUCGUGGAUGAGCUGAACGUCUUGCUCAAAGCCAAUCCAACCGAUGGCCACCAAGAUGUGGGGAGAUUCCUGCGAGAGAUGUUCCUUGACCCUGCAGGACGACACCUCGUGUUCAGCACCCACAUCCCCACCAGCGCUGGCCUCGAUCAAGUCUUGGGCAAGGGCGCAGGAAGCUCUCGUACGGUGAUCCCCAUAAAAAUGCCCAGGUGCGCUGAGGUGCAGAGGCUGAGAGGCAUGCACCCGAACUGCGCGGCCUUGACGCCGUUGGAGGCCGUCUAUUUCGGCUACAUCCCGUCCCUGAUCUACUCGGUCAAGACGGGGGGCUUCGACCUUGAAGGGCGGAUCCGGGAUAUCCUACCUGCUGCAAAGUCGGACUUCCUAGCAGAGUCUUUCCUGUCAGAGUUCUUCACUGGCGAGCGGGGUCCAGACCACGAUCCAGUGCGAGCCUUCGAUGCCCUCACUGAAUCGCAGAUCCGGUGGAUUCUUGCCUAUGUGGGACAGAUGUGCUGCCACCUGGGUUGGAAACAGGUUGGUGCAUGGAUCGAGGAGCUCCCGAGCUGGUCGGGAAAGGUUGAGAGCGGCCAAGACUGGGAGACCGUGUUGCUGGUCGCUCUGUGCCUUCGAUGCUAUGAGGCCAAGUACAGCGAGCCCCACGAGCUGCUGAGACUGGCAAAAGGGGCUCUACGGCCCGCCGCGGUGUAUGUGGAGAAGGUGCCGCAGGAAAAUUCUACCAACCCAGAAGUCAUACUGGCCUGGUGGAAGGGGCAGCCGAUCGACACAUACCCUACAUAGCGGUGCUGUCGCCCACUUUUUCCAAAACGGAAAUCGUGGACGCCAUGUGGGUGUAUCAAAAGGAUGCAACGGCCAGUUGCCUGGUGAGGGGCAUGCAAGCCAAACUAGGCAGCGCCUACCCGACGCAUCAUAUGCCCCUUGGCAUGCUGGGGUUGCUGUUCCGAGGCAAGGCGCCGGAGACCUCCGGUAACUUGGAAAGGCAGCGGUGGAAGUAUCUAACUGCGAGCGAGAUUCAGAGUUUUCUGGGCAAAUCUUUGACGGCUGCUUGUCCCGCUCACUGGCCCAACGUGACACGAUGAGCCCUGACAGCGUUGUGUCUUCCUUGUCUCAGGGCUUUUUGGUACAGCGUAUUCAGUUUCGUGGCAAAGCAGAUUGAAGCCAGAGAUGUAAUCACAGAC